AUGGCACCACAGAGAUUUGCCAGCCUGCGGUCUGGUAAUAGUAGGAAGCCAAGGAGCGAGACUAUGAUCGGGCCGCAGCACAUUCCACACUCACUCUCUGACCUUGAGCCUGCAAAUGCAAAUGCAAUUGCGAUUGCGACUGCAACUGCACCUCCGGCUGCACCUCCAGCUGCGCCUGCACUACCUGCCCUGAUUGCCCUGCCCUACGAGCAGACGGCCCAGGCCCAGCCCCCGAUCAUCCUUCCUCCGCCUCGCAACCCCCUUCGAACCAGCCGCCGCCGCCCUGCCACCUCUGCCCAGCUCCCUUCCUCGCCAGCAGAGGUCACCACCACCGCCGCCACCACCACAAACACCGCAGAGGCCGUCGUUGUGCCCCCGCCUGUCCCUCCUCGGGAUUAUUAUCACAAUCAGGAUCAGGAUCAGGAUCAGACACAGCACCCGCGCCUACGCUUGCAUCUCCAUUUGCCUGUGCACCCUGCUGUUCGCCGCCAAUACCAGAGCAAUCACUCACCUGCAUCCUCAACCUCAACCGCAGCCUCAACACCAGCAUCAUCAACCUGUGCUGACUGGAGACGGGACUCGGCCUUGGGCACCUUGUCCUCUGCCUCGGCCACUCUACACGAAGAGGAUGAGGAAGACGAUGACGAGGACGACGCUGACGCUUUUCGCUACGACUACAACCACGGCAAGCUUGAUGUAGAAGACACUCCCUCCAUUUACUCCACCGACGAGCCCACCCCGGCCCUGUCGUCUGAUGGGCCCUGCACCGCCCAUCACAACCCUCGCCCCUCGUUCCAAAGCCGCUGGUCUGUCACCGAUUCCGACGUAUCGGAAAUCGCAUCCAUUGACAACGACAAUUGCAACAAUAACAAGGACACAGCAACAAAGAGACUCGUCAAGGGUCUCAGCCUCAAGCUGCCCCCACCCCCCAUGAAGCGACUGAGGAAGAAGAGCUUGAACGACGGUGCCGUCGCAUCCACUCCUCCGCACUCCCCCCAGUCUCACCACUCAGGCCUGUCCCAGCCAUCUCCAGCGCCCCAUUUAUCCCCCUCGCCUAAAGGCCCCGAUUCGAUUGGUGACAGCCGCCAAGAGAUCCAUCAAUUUGACAGCCACAUGCAAUCUCCAAAUCCGAGCGGCCCCAGACCCCUAUCUGAGUACUCCCAGGCGCCGCAAAAUGAUUUCCACCCCAUCAACACAAGCAUCCCCGAGGGUCGCUUCCUCGAUGACAUCGACAGCCUCAACUUCUCCAAGAGGGGAAGCAUCUUAUUCGGAGGCAAGCGCGCCGUAAGCUCCCCGAGCCCUGCACUUGGCCCCUCCCCAAUGCAGAUGACUGCGACGAUGACUGCGACGCGCCCGGCGCCACCCGCGCCAGCGGCCUCCACCGCCGACGGCGCGACAGAGUCCAAGCCCGCCGCGGUCAACCAACAACCAACACCGAGGGACUCUGCGAGGAAGCUGUCGUUGCCCAACAUACGAGUCAUGUCGGUAGAUACAGAGAGGGAGUCACAAAAGGUGAGAUCGCUCUAUGAAUCUGGCGACUUCGUCACUUGGCAAGAUGGGGCUCCAGGGUCACCUUCUGGUGAGCCCACCGAAUCUGGGGACCAGCUUCCAGCCGAUGGAGAAGAUAUUGUCGCAGAAAGAAAAAGACGGCAAAGCGUCCGAGCUUUGUACCUCUGUCCCACUACUCCGCUGUCGGCCACUUCGCUGCCAUCGCAACAAGAUAACUCACGCCGGAGCGAAUACGAGCUUGCUGGCGGCAUUGAGGACUGGGAAAACGUCCAGGUGGACGACGUCGAUCGCUAUGGGUUCAUACAAGUCCAAAGACCAAUCUCGCGACGGAGCAUUCCGGCAGAGACACACUCGUUACAUUCAACAGUUGGGAGGCGCAACGGCCGAAACGUCUUGACUAAGAGGCAUGACGGGCCGUCCUCGCCCCUCGGGCUGAGCCGGAUACCUAGCAGGAAGGUGUCGGCCCGGUCGCUGAACACACAAACCUCAGGGGUCUCGACAUCGUCGAGGUUUACUGUCAGAUCGGGAAUUCGGACUGCGGCGAAUCUGCUUCCGCACAACCGAGACAGAAAGGUCAUUGAUGAGGCGGGUGGGAUGCUUGGGCUCCCGCUUGGCUUGGUGGACAUCGAAGAGGAACAGAAGAGCGAGCAGGCCAUCAAAGACGCCCACGAAAGAGAGGUCAAAAGAACCGAAAAGUGGAGGAGGAUGGCCAAGACCGUCACCAAGGGCAGAGAUGGCAAGGGUGUGAUGUUCGCCGUGGAGGACAUAGCUAAGAUCAAGAGGAGCAAGGACAGCGAACAACAUUUCGAAAUUCAAGGCACGGUGAUCGAGUUUGAUGUCAAAAGCCCAAAACUGAUUGAAAGGACAUGGAAAGGUAUACCGGACUGCUGGCGCGGAGCGGCUUGGUACUCUUUCCUCUCUACAAGCGCCCAUAACUCGAAAUCAGAAACGACAGAACAGCAACUCUUCGCCGAAUUCCACCGCCUCCAAGACACAAGCUCCCCGGACGACACACAGAUCGACCUGGAUGUGCCUAGGACCAUCAACAAGCACAUAAUGUUUCGCAAGCGAUAUCGAGGUGGGCAGCGGCUGCUUUUCCGCGUGCUGCACGCAAUGUCCCUUUACUUCCCUGAAACAGGCUACGUCCAAGGCAUGGCCGGUCUUGCAGCCACAAUGCUAUGCUAUUACGACGAGGAGAGAUGUUUUGUGAUGUUGGUCCGGCUAUGGCAAUACCGAGGCUUGGAGAGACUAUACCAACCCGGCUUCGCUGGCCUCAUGUUGGCAUUGCAGGACCUCGAGAAGCACUGGCUCCAUGGCAAGGCGGCUGCAGAAAAGCUGAAUGAGAUGGGUAUUGAUGCCACGGCAUAUGGAACGCGGUGGUAUCUGACGCUGUUCAACUUAUCAAUCCCUUUCGCAGCACAGCUGCGGGUGUGGGACGUCUUUAUGCUGCUCGGUGGCUCAUCGCCAUCCCCAGACCCAAGCUCGGCGAAGGAGAAGGAGGCCGAAGCGACAUUUAACGGGCUGGAAAUACUUCACGCGACCAGCGCUGCACUGAUUGAUGGGCAAAAGGAGCUCAUCAUUGAUGCAGACUUCGAGAACGUGAUGAAGGCCUUGACAUCAGCCCAGCCGGUCAAGGAUGAAGACAAGUUUAUGAACGUGGUGCGGGCUGAGUGGAACACACACCGGAAAAAAAGGAGAGGCUAG